GCCAGGCAGCACACAGGGCAACACACCUUUCUGCACACAUACGACAAAGGCACAGCUGGAAGAGGAAGGGUCAGGAUACGAGUGGCACGGGAAAACAAAAGCGGGGGAAAGGACAAAGAAAGAAAAGCAAGGAAUAAAUGAGAAGAAAUGGUACGCUCAUUUGAAAAAGAAAUUCCUGCCUGGGUCUAUGUGGGCUCCCUCCUUCUCUUCAUCCACUUCUACUCUGUGACAGUUAGUGGAGCUGCCCUGAAGCAGGAGGCAGCAUUGGACAAUGGUGCCACGGUGCUGAAUCACUCCAUGGGUUUGGUGCACCGUAUGGAGACUCUGCUGGCCAUGGGUAACGGCAGUGAUGUCACUCUCCGUGUUCAGACCGUCAACACAGACGAGGUGAAGGUGAUCCAGGCCCACAGCCUGGUUCUCACCCUGCAGAGUGACGUGUUUGAGGAACUGCUGCUCAGUCGCAACAGCACUGUUGUGGUUUUAAUGGUGACGCCCGACUGCGCAGCCGUCUUCGACAAGUUCGUCAGGUAUCUAUACACUGGUGAUAUCUCAGUGAGGCUAGAUCAAGCUAUUUCUCUGCAUCGACUGGCCAGCAAGUACCAUGUGUGGGGCUUGCAGCAGGGUCUGACCCAAUAUAUGACUCAACAUCUGUCGAGUGAAUCACCCACAGGCCACGUGGUUGGUUGGUACAACUAUGCACUACAAAUUGGGGACCUGACCCUGCAGGACAGUUGUCUGCAGUACCUGUCCUGGAACCUGUCUUCAGUGCUGCAGAGUGGAGAAUGGAGCUCCAUCAGUGAAGACCUGCUCCUCUCCUUGCUCCAGCGCUCUGACCUCAUUCUACAGAGUGAGCUGGAGCUCUACGAGGCCCUGGAGGGCUGGAUUAACCAGAACCAACCCGUCAGUACAACAGUGGAGAGUGCCCUUAGGACUGUACGAUAUGGCAUGAUCCCCCCUCACCAUCUCUUCCGUCUCCAGAAGCAGUCUCCUCUGAUGCUGAAGUAUUAUGAGUCUAUUCGCAAUCUGCUCUAUCUAGCUUUCCAAUUUCACUCCGCCUCGCCUAUCCAACUAGCCAAGUACUUUGAUGUCAACUGCAGUAUUUUCACUCCACGUAACUACCUGUCCUCCUCCUGGGGAUCCCCUUGGGUCAUCAACAACCCCACCCGUGAUGACCGCAGUUUCAGCUUCCAGACCCAGCUUGGGCCCAGUGGUCAUGACUCCAGUAAGAGAGUUACAUGGAAUGCCCUCUUCUCCCCCCGCUGGCUCCCACUCAGCUCCAGGUCAACCUAUACUGAACUGGGUGCCAUGCAGCCCACACGCACAGAUGGAGGCCGACCUCGCAUUAUUGUAACACCCGCCACUUCCAGCCCAGAGUUUGCUGGUGUGAGUUUCCAGAAGACGGUAAUUGUGAUGGCAAGACAACAAGGAAAGGUGGUGGUCCGCCACGUCUACAACUUCCACCAAAGUACUGAAGAGACGGGAGAUUUCCUGGUGGAUGCUGACCUGCAGCGCCGUGCAUCAGAGUACCUCAUAGACAGCUCUCUCUAUCUUCACAUUGUAAUUAAACCUCUCUACCAUACCCUCCUGGUUGCACGGAAGUAAAGGCAGGAAUUUACUGCGGCCCCACUUUCGGUUAUUCACACACAUUAACAUCCACAUUCUUCAAAGUACACUCAUAUCACACCACAUCUGUAGAUAUCAGGUCUGUUACAUCUCCAUUAUUUAUUAGAUCGUUUAGUUUGUUUUUUGUCCUCCCAUUAUUUAGCUUAUUGAUGGGGUGCUCGCAAAACGAAGGACUCAUAAUUAACAUGCCCAUCUGUGGUUAUCACGUUAAUAAAGGUGGGUUUUUCAGUAUUUCAUGCAUACUAAACAAGCACUUCGGUGUACUGUGUUUGUUCAGGUAUUUUAUAGAGUGGCAGUUUCCCCUUGAAUUUAUUAAAUCUGUUUGAUGAGUUAUGCUGUUUGCAUAGCUACUAUAAAUGUUUAGCUGUAAUAUUAAUGCAGUCAGAUAUAGAAUUUUAAGUUGUGGCGUUUAUAUUCUUGGAUAUUUCCAUGUAAAUCAAAGUGCAAUACUGUUAUUAGUGCUCCCUUGUGUAAUGUAGUUGACUUGCAAGACUCCAGGGACUGUAGGCUAAUGGCAGCCCUUUAGCAUUUUCUUUUUUUAAUUAUUACGCAUGCAUUUUAUCUGGCUUUUGAAGAAACUAGUUUGUGAUUUUCUUGAGAGUAAAAAGGAAAAGAACAAAAAUAAUAAGAAAAAAAUAAAAGAGAAUUAAAUAAUAAUGUGUCUGUGAUGACUAAACUAAAAGCAAAGUGGGUGUGUGCAUUUUACAAUCUUUCUUUCUUAUGUUUUGCUUAUGUUGCCAAUUUAAGUCAUGAGCCAUCUGUUUGACUGUGAUAUAACUAUCUUACUUUCAUGUGUACCUGUACUGCAUUCAUUUGAAAUGGGCUGUACCGUAGAUUAAAGCAAUGAGUACAGAGGUUGUUAAUGUUAAUGGACUAAAGGCAAACAUGUCUGUUCAUUCCAAGUGUGCUGCAAGGAAAGAAUAAACAAACUAAUAAAAAGUAAGUUUUAAAAACAGUUGCUGGGGGGAAAAACA